CCACAUUUUUGUCGUUUUCCCUCCUACGGUAUUGGUAGUGUGCAAACCAUGUGCUCUAUCGCAGAUGAGUACGAGUACCGUACCCACACGGUACGGUACGUACCGAUACUAUCGCGUUUUUCGGAGGAUCGUAAAAAUCAAGAAUACGCUCUCGAUGCAAAAAGUAACAAGCGAACUAGUACAAGCACAAUAACCGAUAAUCACAUUGUCUCGGGCCACCCGUGAACGCAUUCAACUAUGGAGGAGAACACAUUAUCGACAAUGCUACGAAGCAGGAAGUCGCCAACCCACGGCUCCGCAUCACCGACGGACUCGUUGUGCGAUGGCAUGGACAUCGAGAAAUCAUCAUCUAUUGCCAGGCACGAUAAAUUCAAGCGACAGCUGUUUGGGGCACAUGCCAAUAGGAAGAAUGCGUUCCUGUUCGCCUCUCUACUUAUUGCAACGAACUUUACAACCUUUUUCGUAGUAUAUCAAUGGGUUUUGAGAUCGACAACCAAAGAAAUCUCGCAAUCUUGUCCGAAAGAUAUGGUCGGAUUCGCAAAUUGGUUUGGGAACACACUGGAUUCGAAACGAAAAGCGGCCUUUCAGGACAUUCGGAUCGACGAAACCAGCGGAAGGCAUCGAAAAUUUUUUACCCCGGUCCCUCCUCAAUUUCGCAAGACCUUCUACUAUGAUGGAAAGAAGAUCUCCCAGCCUAUUGCUCGGGCACUACGUUCCAGAGGUUGGGUCCGAGUUGACGACACAGACAAUGCCCACCUUAUAUAUACAUACUAUAACGAAGCAGACUGGGCCACGGAGCUCUUGCCCUGGCAGCGAUUCAAUUAUAUUCCAGGGCUGGAAAAAUGGAAUCGGAAGAGCGAUUUUGUCUACUACUACAAACAGUACGAGGAGGCAACUGGAAAGCCCCCGAGUGUUUACGUGCCAGAAUCCUAUAUGCUGACCGAGAAUAAAAAGGAAGUUGAGGCCUUUCGUCACGUUUUGGAGAAAGGCAAUGGCAAAAAUUAUCCUUGGGUUCACAAACUUUCCAACGUUAAUCAGGGGAAAGGAAUCACAAUUAUGGCACCGAAUAGCCCGGAACUCCUAACAUUACCGGACGACUCCAUCCGAACGAUCGAAAGUAUUCUCGCGAAUGACAAAAAAGACUCCAGCGGCAGUGAAGACGAGGACGAUGUAGAGGAGAGUAUUAUUCAGCGAUACAUCUGCAACGAAAUGACGUGGAACCAACGCAAAUUCGAUGUACGAAUGUACUGGUUUGUGGCCAGUCUUGAUCCGCUUGUAGUACUUUAUCACGAUGGUUACGUCCGCGUAGGCAACUCUGCCUACAGCGAAACUUCCUUCACCGAUACGACGUCUCAUCUAACAUCGCAUACGGGAUUGGGAGCCGAAGGAAAGGCCGAUUUUUCACAAUUGGAGGAGACCCUCAACAAACACCACAAAAAGAAACAGAAGACGCGACCACUAUUCCCAAAUGGGAACACGCCCGUCGAGCACGUUCGGAACCAAUUCAAGCACGCCUUAGGAGAAAUGAUCGAAAUCAUGAAAGACGAAUCAUUUGCGGUCCCAAAUCUUAACGACGAGGAUCCCGACAUUUCAACGGAAAAUUCCUUCCAGUUUUAUUGCGCGGAUUUCAUCCUAGACAACGACUUGGAUGUAUGGUUCAUUGAACCUCAAAAUGGAUGCGGAUUGGAUGAAGAUUAUUACUUUCGUCUUGAGAUGCACGCAUCCCUAUUCAACGGAAUGGUUGAUAUAUUAGAGGAAGUCGGCCAAAAACAGGAGAACCAAGAACCUUUGCUUCCGCUCGAGAAGUCCGGAAACUGGUAAGUUUUUGACUGUUUUGACUGGUGAUGUUAGCAGUUUUCUAGAUCUUGUUUCGAUGAAGAAUGAAAGUGUAAAGUCAGGGAUUGCCGGCUCAUAAAAGCGUUCCAUGUCUCACACACCCUCCAAUCGCCAAUUCGUUUUCAUCAUUCUGUACUAAUAUUCACUUCGACAAUUAAUCAUCAUGGAAAUAUGUAGGGAGAUUAUUUAUGCCGACGGUCAGGUAUAUAACUAUAAUGGAUACGAACGUUCCGCCAACAAAGAGGGAUGCGAGGUGCAAUAGGGAGGAGCUUGUUUUGGAGAGCAACAACGCUUUUCAUUUUAUACAUCUACAAACGGGUGUCUUUACAAAACACUCGUUGGACAGACAUCAAAGUCUCGAUUCGAUUAGAAAUUUUCGAUUUUUAGACCCAUAUACUAAACCUUUUGAAACCAGAAUACAAAUAAUAAUAAUGGUUCAAACUCAGUAGUUACUAGAACGAAUCUGAGCGAGCCAGGACAGGCAGUGAAAUAAACUUUGAUGGUAGAU